AAAUAUCGUAAAUGAAAGAAGCAUCCAAUAUCAAUGAUGAAAAAAGACCUUUGGCAUCUAUUCCAUUGUAAACCUUCCUUUAUUUUGAUUAUAUUUUUACAGUAUUGAUAUCAUAGUUAUAGUUAGUACAUAUAUUUCAUAAUAGAAAUAAUUGUCUUUAUUUACAAGGGAUAUGGAUUAUUUUAUCCUCCAAAUAAAAUAGGAAUUGAAAUAUUCUUACAAUUUCUAUUGGCAUUUUGCUAAUUCCCUAGAUUGAUAUUAGGAUCGAUUGGUAAUAAAACUGAAUCUCCUUCAUAAAUUUUAUGGUAUUAAAAAUGACUAUUUUAGGUUUGUUUUACUAAUUUUCCCUUGCAUAUUCUUUUACAUAUUUUUCAUAGUCUUAUAAACUUAUGUGGUUAUUUUGGAGAUAAUAAUAAAUGUGAUUGCCUUGAUAUUUAUAGUCUUUGAAUUAUUAUUUAGCUUAUCAGCAUUUUUAACUUUUAAAAACUAUGAGAAGCAACAAUGAGUUGGAAAUUAUUGAUAUUUUAUAUAGUUAAUUAGCAAUAAUAAAUUUACAUUAUAAAUUUAAUAUGAUAAAUAGAAGACGACAGCAGAAUUAUUAAUGAUGAUGAAUCAUUAAUUUCUAAUGAUCAUUAAGUGAAUGAAACUUAUAUAAAAUAAUAUAAGAAAGUUAAAUUACUUCGAGUGGGAGCAUAUGGUAAAGCAUAUUUAGUUACAUCCAAUGAUUAAGAUGAAACUAAUUAUGUUAUGAAAGUAGUACCUUAAUCCAUUUCAGCAAAUACAGAAGCAUAAAUAUAAUAAAAUCUUAAACAUGAUAACAUUAUCUAAUAUUUUGAAACUUUUAUUGAGAAUAAAGACAGAUUAUGUUUAAUUAUGGAAUAUGCAAAUAGUAAUAUAAUUCAUUUUCAUCUAUUAGAUGGCACUCUUGGUCAGGAUUUAAAAUAAAGAACACAACCUUUGCCUGAAGCAUAAAUAGAUGAUUUGUUUACUCAAUUAUGUUUAGCUUUGAAAUGUGUACAUUCUUAAAAGAUAAUUCAUAGAGAUAUCAAAUCAGAAAAUGUUUUUUUGCAUGAUGAUAAAAUUAAAUUAGGAGAUUUUGGAAUUGCUAGAUCAGUUGAAUAAGAUUUGGCUACUGCAUUUAUAGGUUCUCCCUAUUAUAUUUCACCUGAAAUAAUACAAAAUUAACCUUAUUCAUACAAAAGUGAUAUAUGGUCAUUGGGUGUUCUUCUUUAUGAAAUGUGCACAUUUAAAUAUCCAUUUACUGCUGAUUCAUUACCAGCACUAGCCAUUAAAGAUAGUGAAAACAAAAAUAUCACCAAUAAGUGCUUAGUAAUAUUCUCAAAAUAUGAAAAAUUUAAUUCAACAAAUUUUAUAAUUACAUUAAGAUACCUGCUUAACCUAUUUAAAGUAAAGUUAUUUUUGAGAUUAGAGAAAUAACAACACUAGGUAGUUAUAAAAAAAGAUGAAUAUAUACAAAACAAAAAAUUAUCAAGAGAAGAAUAAUAAAAAUUCAUGAGAGAAGAUAUCUAAAAGAAAGUAAAUUAUAUUUUCAAUAUAGAAAUGUCAAAAAAAACCUUAAAAAGUAGUUAUAGAAUUAUUUGGUUAGCCUAAAAUAAAAUAAGAGUAAUAAUAAUAAUAAAUCACUUAAAAUGAUAAAAAAUAAUCAAAAGGAAGAGAUAUUCCAGUCGAAAUUUAUUUACCUUCUAUUUUCAAGAUCUGAGUUCUUGGAGUAAUAAUAAGAAUAAUAAUAACAAGAAUAAUAAGAAUAAUAAUUAUAUUAACCUAAAAAAGAAAUUGAUAAUAAUAUGAAUUAAUUACUUUUAGAAAGAUAAUCUUCUGAAAUUUAACAACUCAAGGAGUUAAUGAUUCAAAUAAAGAAAAAUAAGUACCCAAAAAAUAAGAAAUUGUUAAAAAUUAUCUUAGGAAACUUAGGCUGUUAAUAAAACCUAUCAUAAAAUUAAGCUUUGAAAGAGCAGAAAAAUAAGAAUGAAAUUGGAAUAAGUCUUUUGAUCUGA